AUGAACAUGAGUACUGGCAAAAGCAACUCAAUUCACUUCUCCUUCAUCUCACACGACUAUUUAAUAUCUCCUGUUACAUACCGCAUCCUGCGAUCGCCGCACCUGACUUUGGUUAACAUGGCUGAGAACGUCUGCUUUCUUCUCAAAUUACCUCCUGAGAUCCGUAUCCACAUCUACAGCUUUCUCGCACCUCCAGUCCAGGCGCAGGCUCCUCUCCCCCAAUACGCAGGCCUCUUGAAUUCCUGCAAACAGAUCAAACAAGAAAUUGAACACGAUGCCAUUAAACAGGUGGCGCAGGAGCUUAGUGAUAUCCAAAAAUUGCUAAAAGAGUCCCAUAACAUCACAAUCCACAUCUUAGUGCCCCGAACCUUCCAGGAAAGGAAAAACCUCACUCUAUCCCUAGAUUAUUGGCCAGACGACGCUGCUCUUUUCAAGUCCCUCAAGUCUCUAUACUUCGAUUCCCUGACCAUCAGAAUUGCACAUGGAAGCGUCCCCAAUCAAGAGGCGUCUGCACACCUCGUUGCCAUUUAUUGUCAUUUCGCUCUGCAGAAUAUUCGUUACAUAUGGCCUGUCACCGAGGAUAGCAAACCAUUUCGGUUCGACCCUCGUGAAGGAAGUUUAUGUAAGGGCAAAAAGAGGUGGCGUCUUGAUGUUGAAAGAAUUGAAGAUGGCAAAGCGCUAGCGGCAACGCUUGAGUGCCAGAUGGCUACAUUUCCUUGGCUCUUUGGCUACCCUUCAAAACUUACUAACCUAAUGAACGAACGCCCUACGCGAAUACUGGCACCCUUAGAGUACUUUCGCCUCCUUUCGAACAAUAUUGUAUGUAUUAAACUCACCUUCCCCAAAUUUAUUUUCACUGAGAAGCUAGCUUCGCUCUUUCGCUCUUUGUCCUCAAGGAUUCCGAAAUCCUGGCUUAUCCUAUCUAAGCAAUGUAAAUAUUUCAAUGGUAUUAUCUCUGAUCUUCUCGUUAUUGUCGGGCUCUAUGUAAGGAUUAUUAGCAUCCCCAAAGGCCUUUGCGAACUUUGGUUUGGUACAUCCUACAGAGGAAUUAGCCCCUCAACCUUAGUCACUAUCCACAACCUUCUCAGUCUCGUGUUUGACCUCGAUCACCCUCAUUAUUUUGCCCCAUUACUGCUAUUAUUCGAGAAACUCUUUCUGGUGCGCUAUGAACAAGAGAUAUUUAUUACCAGCUUUUGGGAAAGGGGAAAAGAGAAGAACCUCAAGGGGAUUGUAAGGAAAUACUCAGCCACACUCAGAAAUGGACGCUUUGAGCGGCACGUUAGAGUCGAUACAAGCUACAGUGAGAUGGUGAAAUUCAGACUCUUCCGGCGGGAUCGAUCACCAAAUCUAGAAACAGAGCCAUAUUUUAUCCUAAAAGAUGGUGCAACCCUAUUCGCAAGGCGACUACGGUUCUUGGAUUGCGGAAGGGAUUCGAUAAUCAAUGGGAGGAAGGCUCUAUGUACCAAAACGGAAGUAAAAUUUACAACUGUAAUAUUAGUUCAUCUCAACUCUAAAGUCAAUGCAGCCCAAUACCUAGAUCAAAGAUGGGAAUCCAGCUCCCUACCUCCAACAAGAAGUUGCCAGAUAUCCAUAGAGAAGCUUCAGAACACGGCCGGCUUUGCUUCAUUGCAAAAUCCUAAUCUGAAGUCGACCCCAACCCUCUUUGGGUCUCUCGGAGGCCACUAUUUGAAGAACCACGAAGCGCAGCCAUUGCCCAAACUGCAUCGAAACUUGGGCCAUGACCAAAGUAGCGCCAAAGUCCGAGCUUAUUUGCUCUCUUUCUCCUCUAAGGAACUAUGUGAUAAAUAUCGGAUAGGGUGGAUCAGUCGACAUGCUCUUUACUCCGCAUGUUCGUCGAACGGUAGCUCACCUAAACCUGGUUUGAAUCCCGCGAAUUCUCGCAAAUAUGUGCACAGUACCAGCAUUCCAUGCGCUCAACCUGUCCCUCAGCACCACUCCUGCCUCAACCUUCUACCAGCCUUACAAGGCAAGUCCACCAGCUUACCUGUUACCCAGGGACAUCCAGUAGCGCUCUCCCGGGAUCAAAGUCGAUCUGUUUUAAGAACGACUCGCGAUUUUGUUCCUGUUUCAAUUUUUAGAUCAUCUCCUACUAGUUCCCGAUCCCCUUAUACGCCAAUACUCAAUCCAAGACACCUAAAUGCUUCCCUAUUUAGUUUCAGAAUGGGACAUCUAAAAAGACCACGCUCGUCUACUAGCUUCGCUACUUCGAGGAUCAAGCAUGAGUCGACAAGUUCUAUCUCUCUCGGAGGCUCAAAGCAGAACUCCAUAUUUAGAAGGGUUCCAUCCACAGGUACGGCAGCUACGAACAGUACCUCAGAUUCCAGCUUAGUCGUGCUAAUUACCCGAGUUUAUGAUCGAGAUGAGACAGCUCUUCGGGAGUUUGAAAGCUUCAUCAGGAUAAAGUUCUUUUCUCUUAUGCGAAAUUGGAAUAUGAAGGCCGCAAAGAAAGGAUAUUAG